CUUUAUCACUGGGAUCUGUUUCUUCCUUCCCUCGCAGCAAGCUCCGCGGCCUCUGCCGGACGGGAGGACAAAGUGGAAGACAUGGAGGGAGCUAGCGGCUGCUGGAGGGACGCCACGACAUAUUCCAAGCAGUUGGAGGUGGAAGAGCACGGCUAUGGAAGCCAUCACAAUGGCCAACAUCCGCGGAAGCGGAGCCCGCACAAUCAUUGCAAGGUCGGCCGAAAAGGGAAUGCGAGCAGCUCGGCCCCACGGCAACCACACAGCCAAGCCAUCCAGAUCAUACCUGGUAGAUAUCGUUCCGAGAGGCCUUACUGGACUUCCCGGAGUCGGUAGAGGCCUGCGGCUCCAGGAGACAGUACUUCUUCGCAUGAAAUGGGAUAUUGUGCUUGCUUCGUCUCUGACUUCGGGAAGUAGAUCGGAGGUGAAGGGAACCAGCCAGCACCCGCGUCUGGAUGACUUUCAUCCAGUGCGCGAUCCAGAUCCGGGAAGGAAGAGCCUUCAUACCGAAGUCCGUGGUAGAGCAGACAUCUUCUGGACUGGGACAUCCUUCGCUGCACAGCCGCUCCUUACACUCUGGUCUCCGCUGAAAUGCUUCUUGAUGGGAUGAUCGAUGAUGCUAGCGGCCCAUUUCUUGUCUGAUAGCCUUGGCUGAGGAAUAUGCCCUCGCCGGUAGUGAUUUGGUCUCUGUCCUCUCUCUCCGAGCGAUCGCGGUGCGAGUCUUUUUGAUGGAAAGAUGGUGGUGUAACGGCAACCGUGGCGAGCCGUUCGAGUGCUUCGUGCGCGUACGCUCCGUCGAGCGGGCUGCACCAGCCUACGGGGACGCAAUAGCGCUC